UUAUCACCUCAACUGUCUACUACACACGCCGUAGUGGUGACGGUGUAGAGUGCAAGAAUGUGUGGUUGUGCUGUGUUGGGGAUUAAAUGAGCUCAGAGUUCAGCACCUUUUGCCGUUUUAACGCUCCCUUGGCAAGAAAUCUGCGAGGAACCAACGAUUUAAGCAGCUAUUUUGACCUCAUUUCCUUUCCACCUCGAAUUUACCUUACCGGACGUCUCCAUUACGCGUAAACGCGAGGGCUCAAUUUUGAAGCUGUUUUUGCUACUUGAUACUUGAAACAGGAAGUAACAACGCCAUACAAUUUUCUUUCGGGCACGACUCCCCCCCCCCUAAACUAGCAUUAUUCAUUCUUCUUUGGAAAUUAACACAUUUUCCACCAACUACAGAAGUGAAUUGAAAUGUGAGUUGUACCCUUACAGCGGGUUUGGACUAUAUGAGCAAAACUAAACAGGUGGCGGCAGCACUUUUUCCAAAUCGUGUUGGGCGUGUCGAAUUGCAGUCUGUCUCUGUGGUCUGUGCCAUCCAUCUCAACAUGGACUGCCUGCUGAGCGGCGCCACCGAAGGGGCCCUUCACUCAGCACGGACAUCACCGCUUCACAGAUGACAUUAGUUGCCUCAACUACUGGGUGACUCAAACAGUACAUCUUCAAAUGGCUUUACAUAGAGGAGCCAUGCACCCCCUAAUCUGUAUCAGCAUUUCGUGCUUCCUACCUCUGGCCUUGAUGCGGAAUGUUGACUCGCCCUUGGAUUGCGUCCCUCGGAGAUAUGUGCCCUAUCACAGCGACAACGGUCAUCUUUUUAGGGAAGAGGCAGUGUCUAACUACACUGUCAUGCUGUUGAGAGAGGAUGUCAAUCUGCUGCUCCUGGGUGCCAGGGAGGUAGUUUACGCGCUUGACCUUGAUGACAUCUCCAAGAAACGUGCCUCUGUGAAAUGGGAAGUUACACAACAGCAAAAGGAUGAUUGUAAAAUCAAAGUAAGAGAUCCUGAAACCCAAUGCAAGAACUUUAUCAAAAUUCUGCACAGGAUAGAGGAUGACAUGAUGUAUGUAUGUGGAACCAAUGCAUUUGACCCCGAGUGCGAUUACAUGUCUUACAAAAAUGGUGAACUGACUUUGGCCCAAGCGGGUGAAGAUGGGAAAGGGAAAUGCCCAUUUAAUCCUUUCCAAAGACACGCCUCCCUCAUGGUUGACGAUAACUUGUACUCAGCCACUUCGAUAAACUUCCUGGGCUCUGAACUGGUCUUGAUGCGGAGCUCUCCUCCAAUUCGCACCGAGAUUAAAACCUCCUGGCUUAACGAGCCCAACUUCGUUUCCCUAGUUCAGAUGCCUGAAAGCGACCAGGGCAACGAUGACAAGGUUUACCUGUUUUUUAGCGAAACGGCUGUAGAGUACGACUGCUACAAGAAGCCGGUGGUUGUUUCUCGUGUAGCCCGUGUCUGCAAGAAUGACUUGGGAGGUACGAGGACCUUGCAGAGAAAGUGGACAUCCUUCUUGAAGGCCAGGCUGGAAUGUCCUGUCCCGGGCUCCCAACUGCCCAACAUUAUUCAGAAUACUUACCUCUGGUGUGACCCCCAGAAGCACUGGAAGGAAUGUGUGUUUUACGCCAUCUUCAUCCCACAGUCCGACACGUCUGAAGUGUCGGCGGUGUGUGCGUAUAGCGUAUCUGAUGUCAACCGAGUGUUUGCAGAAGGGCAGUUCAAGACAUUGGUCCGUGUCGAAACCUCCUAUAUUUGGGUAGCGUAUAGUGGAGAUGUCCCCGACCCUCGACCGGGAUCUUGUCAAACAGAAUCAAUGGACCUCCCAGACCAAACCCUUCUUUUCAUCAAAGAUAGGCCCCUCAUGGAUGAUGUUAUCCAGCCAAUCGGAGAGAAAACUUUACUGGAGAGAAGGGGAGCCGCUUUUACGAGCAUUGUCGUCAACCAGGUGCAGGCCACAGAUGGCCGCAUUUACCAUGUGAUGUUCAUAGGCACAGCUGACGGUACCCUUCUGAAAGCAGUUAACUAUGAUGGCGAGAUGUUCAUCAUUGAGCAGGUACAGCUUUUCCAAUCCCCGGAGGUGAUUAAGGUCCUACAGUUUUCCAACGUCACGGGGCAGCUUUACGCAGGCUCGGACUACGGAGUAGUACAAGUUCCUCUCGCCACCUGUAAGAGAUCUUUGUCAUGUAUGGACUGCAUUCUGGCAAGAGACCCCUAUUGUGGAUGGGAUUCAGAAGCUGGGAGUUGUGUAGCCCUUUCUAGUACGCAAAGACGACUUAUCCAGAGUGUGAGGGAAGGUGAUGCCUCUCUCUGCCCAACAACUGAUUCUGUACAUGUCGUGAACAAGUCGUUCCUGGCCGGCGGAAGCGUGAAGCUUCCCUGCCCUUCAAUGUCCAACCUGGCAACGACCGACUGGGAACAAGACGGCCAUCGCGUGGCUCCUUCCCUUCGUCAUCAGCUUCUUAAAGACGGACUUCUCAUCCUCAACGCCACAGACUCUGACGCUGGCCUCUACCGCUGCCUGUCAGCAGAGCGUUCCAAAGCAGACAAGUACACCGCCACCGUCGCCCAGUAUCAGCUCAGCGUGAAAGGAGAACCUCGCAUACCUCAGGCGCAGAGAAAAGGCCCUUCCGUGGUCGGACUGCAAGUCGCCAUCGGGCUUCUGACUGUUUCACUCGUGGCCCUUUUGGCUUGGAAUUUUUACAACGGCCAUCUACCGUUGCCCUGGAACUGCAGUAGAAAGAUGGGAGGAAAAUCGUACGAGUCAAAUACGCAGGAGGACCCGGGGCCACUCUGAUGCGCCAAGAUGUGACCUGGGUAAGCCUCAGCUGUCGGAAGCUGGGACGGCAAGCGAUAACCACCAGAGAGGUCCGCUUCGGUUCGUUGUGAAAAAGGCCAUAACGAGAAUCAAUAUUUCCUAUGCAGCUUUCAGACCAGUCUGAAAUUUCAAAGGAAAACUGCACACUCGUGUGAAUGUGACUUGAAGAGCCAAAAGAUCAAUAUGGUGGACAGUUUCAGCAAAGACACCUGUCAAAACUGGAUACAAUUCUAUGGUUCAUGUUUUGUUUUUUUGGAAAACUGUUAGCUCCUAAUCUUAAAACAAUUUUCUUGUAAAAUGCCUGUCAGGAAAUCAGUCUUGUAUUUGCAAUUCCACAGCGAAAGUCCUAUCAAUUGUUAGGAUGAGUUUCCAUUUUUAAGAAGUCGUUUCAAUACAAAAAUGGGAAAUAUUGGUUUCAUAUAUUUUUCUCAAUUUGGAAAUCUUUGUGGUUUGAAAAUGUUGCAACUUGGUCAGUAAUGUCAAAUCAUUGGGGGG